CAAUCCCUGCAGAGAGGAGGCGGAACAGAACCACAGUAGCCACGAAGCUAUCUUCAAGCGGCGCUAGCUGCGCAGCUACGCUAGAAAAACUACAAGAUGGACUUGCCACACCAUGGAUACAGAUCAACUAAACAAAGGACUCGUGGGGGUCCCCCUUCGUCGGACUCUGUAUUGUUUGAUGACACAAGCUCCACUGCCCCAAUGAAUAGUCAAGGUUACUAUACUCCUGGGUACAGUAUGGGAGGUACAUCAACUGACAUGCAAGGGGGUCCUGGCGUGAACAACCUUUUUACUGACCCAGUGGCCAAUGCUGCAAUGAUGUAUGGUUCAUCUUUAGCUAACCAAGGAAAGGAUAUGGUAAACAAAGAGAUAAGUAGAUUCAUGUCUGUGAACAAGCUGAAAUACUUCUUUGCUGUUGAUACCAAAUAUGUAAUAAAGAAGCUUAUGAUCCUCAUGUUUCCCUAUACACAUCAGGACUGGGAAGUUCGAUACCACCGUGACAGCCCUUUGACUCCAAGGCAGGAUGUUAAUGCACCUGAUCUUUAUAUACCAACAAUGGCUUUCAUCACAUAUAUUUUACUUGCUGGAAUGGCCUUGGGAAUUCAAAAAAGGUUUAGUCCAGAGGUUCUUGGUUUGUGUGCCAGCACUGCCCUUGUGUGGAUCAUCAUUGAGGUGUUGGUGAUGCUGUUGAGCUUGUAUCUACUUACAGUCCACAGUGACCUGUCAACAUUUGAUUUAGUGGCAUACAGUGGAUACAAAUAUGUUGGGAUGAUCUUCACAGUGCUGUGUGGUUUACUCUUUGGCAGUGAUGGUUAUUAUGUGGCCCUGGCAUGGUCGUCCUGUGCUCUUAUGUUUUUUAUAGUUCGGUCUUUGAAGAUGAAAAUUAUUCCUUCCACAGACUCUAUGGGGACGGGAGGUGCCAAACCUCAGCUUCGACUUUAUAUUACUGUUGCUACUGCUGUUUUUCAGCCAAUCAUAAUUUACUGGUUAACCUCUCACUUGGUCAGGUGACUGCGAGACCCCCAAAUUAUGAAAUUCCAAGAUGUCUGUACAACUACAUUUGUUGGAAGUGAGUGAUAUUUGUCUAAUUGUACAUAUACAUUUUGUUUCUGAAUGGAAUACAUAAUAGAGUACAACUGCCAAAUUUAGAGUAGGGAGAAAACAUUUUGUGGAAAGUUUUAUUCGAUUUGUACUCCCUCCCCCAUUUACUUAACCAAAUACUUUGAUUAUCUGUUGCUUUAUUCCUAAAGUCAGCUACAUUUUCAAGCAUGGUAAUGUUUUGUAUCAAGAAAAUAAACUUGUGUUACUAUAAUACA